CUCUCUCUCUCUCUCUCUCUCUCUCUCUCUCUUCUCCACCCCUAUCUCUUUACGGGACUCUGGCAGGCCGGUAUUCCAGGAAUGUGUGGAACAUGGCGGCCGCAGCGAAGGCUCCGAAAAGCGGUCUGCUCGAGGUUCGCGUGGCCGCGGAGCGCUGGAGCCGGGUGUUGGCUUCACUCAGCGCGGACACGCUCACUCUAAGCCCGGGCGAGGUGAGCGCUGAGGCGGCUAAAAGCACGCCGGCCCCCGGCGGUACUAUGAAUGGAGAGCCGGGCCACCUGAGCUCUCCCGCUGUCCCGGAUUCCAUCAGCAACGUGAAGAGAACCGUGCGAGUUACCAAACAGGACGUGGGAGGACUCGGCAUAAGCAUUAAAGGAGGUAAAGAGAACAAGAUGCCCAUAUUGAUUUCUAAGAUCUUCAAAGGACUCGCAGCAGACCAAACCGAGGCCCUGUAUGUCGGUGACGCUAUUUUAUCUGUCAACGGAUGUGACCUACGAGAAGCUACUCAUGAUGAAGCCGUGCAAGCUCUGAAAAAGACAGGGAAAGAGGUCGUUUUGGAGGUAAAGUAUAUAAAAGAGAUGUCUGCGUUUUUUAAGAACGCGUCUUCGGGUGCUCCUCCUCUUCUGGACUCUCCUCCCCCCACACCACAGAAGCAGGCUGACCCAGUCAUGAAGGAGACCAGAACCAUCCCACUGAAAAUGUGCCAUGUUACUCGCAAGCAAUGUCCACCAGACACAGAGGACAGAUAUUUUGAGGUGGUGUCAGCAGACAGGAAGCUGUCUGCGUUUCUGAGGGCAAAGGAUCCUGCGAUGGCCCAGUCAUGGUAUACUGCUAUCCAAGCAAGUUGUGCUGCACUACUCUCUACAGUUAAAGACAGCCUCAGCGCCCUGCAACCGGGCAUAGACAUCACACACGUCGGCUGGAUCAUAGAGCAGGGAUCCGAGAAGCCGAUACUGGCAGUGCUGACAGACAGAGAUCUGUUGUUGUACAGCUCUUUGCCUGAGAGCAGAGAGAGUCUUAACAGCCCAGAUAAGAGCCAUCCACUCAUUACUACCAGGCUUGUUCAUUCUGGGCCUGGAAAGAAUUCAUCAGGACAGGAUUCUGAUUUAACGUUCGGCCUGCGUUUAGGUACUAAGCACGGCGUAGAGACCCACCUAUUCCGUGUGGACACUGCAAAAGAACUAUCCACUUGGAGCCACCUCCUGGUGGAGGGCUGUCACACUGCUGCCGAGCUCAUCCAGGAAGUCACUACAGCAUGCAGUUGGAAUGGUCAGUCAUGCAUGCUCAGUGUGCACAUAGAGAACGGUUUCACCUUGUUCACUGAGGAGGCAGGUGUGAGGAGACACAUUCUUCUGCAGCAGCCAUUCGAGCGUCUGCGCAUGUCCUCUGACGACGGAGUGCGCAUGAUCUUCCUUGAUUUUGGAGGCCCCGAGGCAGAGAUUCAACUGGAUCUUCAUGCCUGUCCUAAGACCAUCGUCUUCAUCAUUCACUCUUUCCUCUCAGCCAAGGUGAAGCGUUUAGGUCUGCUUGCAUGAGUGCUGAUGUUUAAAAAACCCCACACCAAGUUACGACAACAUGAGCCAAGAGAGUCAGAAGGUGGACCAGACAGAUGUAAACCCAUUGGUGGAAUCCUGCCACUGUUAUUCAACAAACAAUUUAAAGCCAUGCAUCAAAAUGCGUUGAUCUUAUUUUAUUUUUUGAGAAUAUUUUGUGUGCCAUAUCAAUUUGUAUGAAACAAUUGUUGCAGACAAAAAAAGCAAAACAAAUAUAUGCAGGCACACGUCACUGAAGAAAAAAAAUCAUGGCUAACAAUGAGUUAAUUCCAGCAGGGAACGUGGUGUAGUCCAGACUAAUAGAACUGAAGUACUGUAAUGAUGAACUUCACAUCAGAGGUCAAAUGAAAUCUUCAGUAUAUUUUUUAUAUUUCUAUUGCUUCCAAAUCAUGCAGUUUAAUACAGAACAAAUACAUGGGUUUAAUAUAUGCACCCUUUAAACUAUCACAGCGUGUUACACCACCUAAAACAGAGACGUUUGAAUCUCCCCAGCCUCACUGGCUUCAAAUCACUGUUAGUCACACUGCAAUGAGAGGCACACUGCGUGUGAAAAGUUACUGAGCACCCUAUAUUUUAGUAUUUUUAAGAAUAUUUUUCAUUGAAUAAUGUUUGUGACUUGUAUUAAACCUAAUGCAAGCACUUUCAAUAAGUGUCAUAAACAAAAAAUCCAAAAUGUCAAGUCGAAUACAGAGAUGGAGAUCUUUGUUUGAACAAAGACCUGAUUCUUUACAUUUACUAUAUUUAAUUACCAGUCUCUACUUUUUAGUUGUGUCUGUGGCACUAAUAGUCUUUAAACUGUAAUAAAACUUCAAAAAAAAAAACUCCAGGUGUUGGAAAACUUGUGACUGACAGUGUAAAAUGGUCCUCUCAUGUGGUUAUGGGUGUAAUUAGAAUAUCCACGACGCACCAUGCCAUUAGGAGACAACAUAAGCGCUCUUUAAAUGCACCAAUGAGAAAGUGGGCUGUGAGUGUGGGACUUCGGGAAUGUCUGAUUCAGAAUCACAACACAUUACUGCAGCCUUCCUCUGUCCUUAUAAGACGUAAACUGAAACAGAAUUUAUCAAGCAAACCCCUUCUUCUGUUUUUCCACAGAACAUUAGUACCACAGCUAAUGAAUUUUGAUGUCAUUCUCUUCUCCUGAGGGGGAAAAAAAACCCUAUUCAGUGAGGCUUCUAACAGACAGGCAGUCGAAUCUAAUUCUGUUUUUCACAUACCUAAUAUUGUACACGAUUUCUAUUCAGAAUCAAUCUUUUCCUGGCAGCUUGUCAAAAUAAGAAAUUGUAUCAGUUCAAAACUAAAUCACAUUCAAACGUAUUUAUUCAUACAACCUUACAGUUGAAAUGAAAAUUGAACUCGUGUGAGGCACCUUUCUCUAAUCAUACACUCCAACCCUGAGAUAUUAAUUAUUUGACGUUUGAGUGCUACACUUUUAUUUGAAGAAUUUAGUUAUUUAACAAUGACAAAAUAUUCAUGCAAUGCACCAUUACUGAGCACACCAAGCUGACUUUUACAAAAAUAUGUGUAUAAAAAUCAUACACAAAAUCUGAACACUCAAUUAUUUAUUGUCUUACUAUGAACCCCAUUUGUUUUUCAGAGGUUUCUUCCUAACCUUUUUUUUUUUUUAAAGUUGUUUAUUUAGUUCAUUAAUAGUUGCCUAUUAUGUUGCUGUAAUGCAUAACCACGGUGAAAGAAACUUGUCAAAGCCUUAAAAUUUUAGUUUUUUUUUUUUUAUUUUAAACAAAAGAUUUUUUUUGUUUGUUUUUGUUUUUUUUUUUUCUUAUGUAACCAUGUAACCAGUAUUUCAACAAGCACAGGAUUGUUUUAGGGAAGCAAAAUAUAAGAGCAUUAGUAGUGUUUCCUGAAUGAAAUCUUCUUUGACCAUCACUUUGUUUUAGUGCUACGGCUACGAAAAUUAGCAUCUUUAAGGUCUGUUAAAGCCUACAAACUAAUUUUUGUAUUCACCAAACAAGUACACUAAUGCUAAGGACCGUUGACUGCAGUGAAAAAUUGUUGAAAUUGUUUUGUUUUGUGAUUUUAAAUUUGACUUUGACACACAGACACACACACACACACAAAAAGUAACUGCAAGUGCAACGGUGUUGUGUUGAUUGGAUAAGUAGGUAUCAUUUAUUAUGGUGGCCUUUCAGAAAUAAUCCUAUAAAUUAAUAUAUACUUAAAACUCAAAUAUGUUAGCUCUUAAAACCGAGACAAAAUUUUAUUGUACAUGCUUAUUUAAACAAGAGUGUGCCUUACAGGGUUGUUUGUACAUAAAAUAAAAUUUAAUAAACUUU